AUGAACGGUGUCGGUGAGCAGCUGCCUUGCCAGUGGGUUGGAUGCACUGAGAAGUCUCCUACGGCCGAGUCUUUAUAUGAGCACGUUUGUGAGCGUCACGUUGGACGCAAAAGCACCAACAACCUCAACUUGACCUGUCAGUGGGGCACUUGCAACACCACAACAGUAAAACGUGAUCAUAUCACCUCCCACAUCCGCGUUCAUGUACCGCUUAAGCCUCACAAGUGCGAUUUCUGUGGCAAGGCUUUUAAGCGUCCCCAGGAUUUGAAGAAGCAUGUCAAGACUCAUGCGGACGACUCCGAGAUCCGCUCCCCCGAACCCGGCAUGAAGCAUCCUGAUAUGAUGUUCCCCCAAAACCCGAAGGGUUAUGCUGCUGCCACACAUUACUUCGAGAGCCCCAUCAAUGGUAUCAAUGGCCAGUAUUCACACGCGCCGCCCCCGCAUCAAGGACAAGAGGGAGGCCACCCCUAUGAUCGUAAGCGUGGAUAUGACGCGUUGAACGAGUUUUUUGGCGACUUGAAGCGCCGCCAGUUCGACCCUAAUUCCUAUGCCGCGGUCGGCCAACGUCUGCUUGGUCUCCAGGCCCUUCAACUUCCCUUCCUCAAUGGCCCCGUACCUGAAUAUCAGCAAAUGCCUGCCCCUGUUGCGUUCCUCGAGCAAAUGCAGAACACGAUCUACGAAAGCGAUGAGAAUGUCGCGGCUGCCGGCGUUGCCCAGCCCGGCGCGCAUUACGUGCAUGGCGGCAUGAACUAUCGCGCGACCCACUCUCCUCCAACCCAGCUCCCGCCAAGCCACGUUACCGCAACCACCUCAACCCCCAUGGGAGCUGCUUCGGCCCACUCCCCCUCGGUCGGCACCCCAGCUCUGACCCCACCUUCCAGCGCACAGUCAUACACCUCUAACCGCUCUCCUAUCUCCAUGCACCACGCUCACCGCGUGACUCCUCCCCAUGAGAGCGGCCCGGGCAUGUACCCUCGCUUGCCGUCGGCAACUGUCGCCGACAGCAUGUCCGCAGGCUACCCGACCGCCUCAGGUGCCGCACCACCCUCCACUCUGAGUGGUGCGUAUGACCACGACGAUCGUCGCCGCUACACUGGUGGUACUUUGCAACGUGCCCGGCCCGCCGAGCGUGCUGCCACCGAGGACCGCAUGGACAUCUCCCAGGAUAGCAAGCACGACGGCGAGCGUACUCCCACAAAGGCUGUUCACAUCUCCGAGAGCCUGAUUGACCCUGCUCUGUCAGGUACUUCGUCUGGUCCUAACCAGGAGGCAGUUAAGCGUACUGCGCAAGCCGCCACUGAAGUUGCCGAGCGGGAUGUCAACGUUGCUUGGGUUGAGAAGGUCCGUCUGCUUGAGAACCUACGUCGCUUGGUUUCUGAAUUGCUCGAGGCUGGUACUGCUCAAUAUGGAGUUCAGACCUCUUCGGCUUCUCCUACUCAAGGACUUGAUGCCAUGGAGGGAAUUGAGACUGCCAGUCGUGCUGCUUCUGAGCAGCCUAGGGAAGAGCACAAGCCUUCAAGUGAGGGAGAGGGAGUCUUUUAUCCCACAUUACGUGGUGUGGAUGAGGAUGAGGAUGAGGAUGGGGACUCCAAAAUGCCUGAGUAA